AUGUUGACUGUGGCUUUUGGUGAGUCUACUAUGAGUAAAACAAGAGUUUACGAGUGGUACAAACGUUUCAAAGAGGGCCGUGAAGACGUUGAAGAUGACGAUCGCUCUGGACGCCCUAGCACAUCAAUAACCGACGAUAACGUCGAACAAGUAAAGAAAAUGAUUCUGGAAAAUCGCCGAAUCACUAUCAGAGAGGUUGCUGAUGAUGUCGGCAUAUCAUUCGGCUCAUGCCAAGAAAUUUUUUCGGAUGUUUUGAGCAUGAAACGUGUGGCAGCAAAGUUUGUUCCGAAAUUGCUGAAUUUCGAUCAAAAACAACGUCGCGUAGACAUCGCUCAGGAAUUGAAUGAAAUCAACAACGAUCCAGACCUUCUCAAAACGGUCAUAACAGGUGACACGAAACAUGGGUAUAUGGGUAUGACGUCGAAACCAAGGCCCAAUCGUCCCAAUGGAAGCUGCCUGAAGAGCCAAGACCGAAAAAAAUUCGAAAAGUUCGAUCAAAUGUGA